AUGCGGGACAUGCUGGAGAGGCUGAGGACCGUCCACGAGGAGCAGGAGGACUGUGAGCCUGAGUUUUAUGGACCUGAGUACGACGUGGACAGGUUGACUCUAUCUCAACAGGCGGUGGUUUUUGAGAACUCCUCAGCUAUUGACAACAUCCUGAAGGAGGCUCACUCCAUCCGCAAGGAGAUCUCCCUCCUCCACUCAGAGGUCAAGCAUCUGAGCUCAAUCAACGAGCGAUUUGGCACCUCUGUACGACGCCUUACCCUAAUCAAAAAAGACUCAGUUUCUAUUGCCAGGGGAAUCCAGCAACAUGGGGAGGCCCUGUACAUCCGCCUGCAGGCUCUGGGUAAGGAGAGCUGCCGGGUGGAGGAGAAAGAAGGUCACAACUCUGCUGUCUGCCGCAUCGCUCGAGCUCAGUACGACACGCUGACCAGAGCCUUCCAUGCUGCCAUUAGUGACUACGCUCAGGCCGAGGAGAUGCAGAGGAGCGCGUGUCGGGGGAGGAUCAAGAGGCAGGCCUCCAUCAUUGGGACUGAAAUAUCUGAUGAGCAGCUGGAUGAUCUAGUGGACAAAGGCGGAGAGGGGUGGGCCGAGCUGUCCCAGAGUUUGCAGACACCCGGUGGUCGCUCGAGCCGAUGGGCGAUGUGUAAGAUCCAAGGCAGACACAAGGAGCUGGUGGAGCUGGAGGCCAGGCUGAAGGAGGUCCACGAGCUGUUCCUGACCAUGGCCGUGCUGGUGGAGGAGCAGGGAUCCAUGAUCAACAACAUUGAGACCAAUGUGUGCGGUACCGAGGAAUACGUUGAAAAAUUCAACGUUAACAUCAAGAAGGCCCUAAAGUACAAGAGGAAAAAUCCUUUUCACCACUUCUGUCCCUGUCUACCCUGCUGGAGACACAACCAAACAUCAUAG